GGCGAUUUUGGCCCUGCGUCUUAUUCUCGUCUCUUCCGUUCUUGUUGUCUGCUGAUUGGAUCCAAAUCUUCCGUCUGACUGGUAAAACCCCAUCGAUCAAUUCCUCUUUCUUUCUCCAAUCCGUUUGAGGAACAUGUCAGCCGGAAACGAGGCGUGUAAAUAGAGAAAAAAAAGGCAAUCUUGGAGAUUUUGGUUUCCGGUAUAUAGAGCGAGAGGGUAGAUUUUGUGGUAAGAUGGGAUCCUCCACGGACAAUCUGAAGGGAUUCGUGCUGGCUCUGCUAUCCAGCGGAUUCAUCGGAGCCAGUUUCAUCAUCAAGAAGAAGGGCCUCAGAAGGGCGGCUGCUGCUUCUGGAGUCCGAGCAGGGGUUGGUGGAUACUCCUACCUCUUGGAGCCCCUCUGGUGGACUGGUAUGAUCACAAUGAUUGUUGGAGAGGUGGCCAAUUUUGUAGCUUAUGCAUUCGCCCCUGCAGUCCUUGUCACUCCAUUGGGUGCUCUAAGCAUAAUUGUUAGUGCUGUUCUAGCUCACUUUAUUUUACAAGAGAAAUUGCAUGCUCUUGGGAUUUUGGGCUGUGUUAUGUGCAUUGCUGGUUCAGUUGUAAUUGUCAUUCAUGCACCACAAGAGAGAGCAAUUACCUCGGUCCAAGAGAUAUGGAAUAUGGCAACUCAAACUGCAUUCUUACUGUACGUGGCUUCAGUUAUUGUCAUAGUCUUCGUUCUUGUUUUCCAUUUUGCUCCACUAUAUGGAAACUCAAAUGUCUUGAUCUUCACUGGCAUUUGCUCUUUGAUGGGCUCCCUCUCGGUAAUGAGUGUUAAAGCACUAGGGACAUCUUUGAAGUUGACUUUUGAGGGCACGAAUCAGUUAAUUUAUCCACAGACAUGGUAUUUUAUGCUGGUAGUGGUCACAUGUGUGAUAACGCAAAUGAAUUAUCUUAACAAGGCUCUUGAUACCUUCAAUACAGCCAUUGUGUCUCCAAUAUACUAUGUGAUGUUUACUACACUUACAAUUGUAGCAAGUGUUAUAAUGUUCAAGGAUUGGGACGGACAAGGUCUUGGAAGCAUCAUAUCUGAGAUUUGUGGCUUCGUUGUUGUUCUCUCAGGGACUAUUUUAUUGCACGUGACAAAAGAUUUUGAUAGGAAUGCCUCAAGAAGUCUAUAUGCUCCAUUAUCCCCAACCUUAACCACUCGACUUUGUUCUGGAAAUGGGGAAAUGCUGAAGCAUGUUGUGGAGGAUGCGGCAUAUCCAGAAGAUGCAUGCUUAAGAAGGCAGGGGCUCUACUAGCAAAUAAGGAGAUGAGUCUGUCCGAACAUUAUUUGGAAUGUCAAGAUCCCUCUGCUGAAAUCAUAAUAUAAAAUAUUUUUAACACAAAUCGACAUCCCACUGCAGAGUGUCCGACCUUGGUGCUAUCUGUGAGUGCCGUUUUGAGGCUUUUAAACACCUUUUGUGUUCAUUAAUGGUGCUAGAAGAAAUCAUGGAUCUGGAAUGCAGCUGCACUUUCUAAUGAGUUCUAAAAAACGGCCCAGAGCUUGCCAGAUUGAUGGUGAUCCUGCCCAGCCACCAUGCACAUGUUUGAUAUAAGUAUAGAUUCUUUCUGUGAAUACAGGGAUUUGUGUGAUGACUGUGAAAAUGUGAGUGCAAAAAUAAUCUGUCUGCAGAAUUUGUGAAGAACGAUGUAGCUCAUCACACAUGCUUAUGCAUUGUUAAAUUUGUACAAAAAUCAAGAAGUAAUUCUGUCUGCAAGUUAAGGUGAUACCCUAACUGAUUGUGACAAUUUCAGAUGGUCUCUUAGCUAUGAACUAUUAAAACAAUUGUAAUGGAAAUUUGUGUUGCAGUA